UCUGGUUGUCUCGUAAUUCAAUUGAAUGGUUUACAACAAAAGAUAGUUUUAUUUUUUCAUUAAAACCCCAAAAUUUAUCUAAUUCAAUCCUUAGUAGAAUUAUCCGUGCAAAGGAAGUAAUUGGAUGUUAUAGCAAUCAUGGUCCAGUUUUUGGCACUUCUUUUUAUAAGCCAAAUGAUGGUAAGGAAUGGAUUUGCUGUCAUCAAAAUGCAUACUAUGAAAAACAACUUAGAUCUGGUGAAUCUAACCUUUUAAUUGAUGAAUUUGAAGUAAUUCAAAUAUUGAAAAAUUGA